GGGAAGGGAGGCAGAGGCUGGGAGAGGGGCUUUCUCAGCUUGUUUGCGUGUCUGUCUUUCGUAAGCAUACUUUUCUGCAGCCUGCCUGCUCCAAGCUUUGCUUCCUUCAUCCUCUGCAGUGGAGCAGCUCCUUCUGAUCUGUCUGCGAAAACCUGGCACUAGCUGCUGCUCUUGGAAGAGCCAGACAUCAAUUUGGGAAGGUCACCAUGGACACAAUUUACUCGUGCACACUCCUGACCUUCCUUCUUCUCCCUCUUUUUGUGCUUGGGGCACCCGCUGAUGAGCCCAACCUCACAGAACCAGCCCCUGAUACCUGCAAGCGCUGUUGUGACCCACUGGACUCUUCCACAGAUGCCCAACCUCUCCCUCCCAGCCACCAGCACUUGCCCUACCCAAUGCCAGAGGUCCGUCCCUAUAUCAACAUCACCAUACUGAAGGGAGAGAAAGGAGACCGUGGAGAGCCUGGGAUGCCAGGGAAAUGGGGCAAAGAAGGACCACGAGGCGAACGGGGUGCCCAGGGACAGAAAGGCAGUAAAGGACAGAUGGGUGCAGCAGGAGACCCCUGUAAGCAUCAGUAUGCUGCAUUCUCCGUUGGUCGCAGGAAAGCACUGCACAGCAGUGAAGGCUUCCAAGUCCUGAUCUUCGACACCGUCUUUGUCAACCUCUACAACCACUUUGACAUGUUCAAUGGCAAAUUUUACUGCUCUGUAGGUGGACUUUAUUAUUUCAGCCUUAAUGUCCACACCUGGAACUUCAAGGAGACCUACAUGCAUAUCAUGCACAAUGAAGAAGAGGCAGUCAUCUUGUAUGCCCAGCCCAGUGACCGCAGCAUCAUGCAGAGCCAGAGCCUCAUGCUGGAGCUUAAGGAAAAUGAUGAGAUCUGGGUGAGGCUUUACAAGCGGGAGAGGGAGAAUGCCAUUUACAGUGAUGAUGUUGAUGUGUACAUCACCUUCAGUGGGUACUUGGUGAAGUCAAGCCUUGACUAACUGCCUCUCCUCCUCCUUGGAGCCUCUUUGGUCUUUUCCUUCUUUCUUUCUCUCUCUCUUUACUGCCUGCAACCACUGCAAAUCACUUGGAAAUGGGCCUGGCGAGUCUCAGGCACUGUAUGUGAAAUGUGCCACAAGGGCUUCCACCUCACACUCUGUUGUAGCCAGGUCUGUAUCUGUCCACUUAGAGUGACACUACCAUCUCUCACCUCCUCACCUCAUGACCACAGCUCAGGUUAUUGGCUUCUUCUAAAUCUGCCAGAAAGCUAUGUCUGACACUUAGGGUCCUAGAGCAGGGGGAAAGCUGAAAUGCUGCUCCUGAGGAUUUGUCCAUCCUUAGGGCUUUGUACACUGCCCUGGGCAUCCAGGCUCCUCUCUAUCCCAACUAGAUAUGCCAGUUUUGCAGCCCGUAACAUGGCCUUAAUGUCAGCUUUCACACCUGUAGUCUGGAGAGCAGACUGGUGUCUGAUAGCACAAGGAAGCAUGUAGCACAAGAAAGAUGUAGGAGUGAUGAGAGAUGAUACUGUCUUUCCAAAAAGGGGACUGUUAGCCUUCUGAAGUAUGUCAUUGGCUUUCCUUAGAUGCCUUUCUGGGUCACAGAGUCCAGGCUGGCUGUAAAAUCUAGACCUGGUGGAAUUAUCUUCUUUGUGCCAGAUGAAGAGAUGUGCCCUUUGAAGAGAUGAAGAGCCAGACACUCAGCCAGACUGUUCAGAGGCAUCUGCCAGUCAAUCAGUGGUGCCCACCGCUCUGUUUCCACUAGGGAUCAUAAGUACAGAAUGAGAGACAGAAAGAGAGACAACCUACCAAACCUCCCCUGGGGUGCUACUUGGUUUCAGUUCCCCAGCUGUGGCAAUCUAGUUCAGACAGUGAACCCAAAUCAGAGGUGCACUCAUGCCCUUCCGUUGGUAUCAGCAGACAUCCCUAAUGCUUGCUAAUGUGAAGGAAGAGUUAGGCCCUGGCUCUUGCAUGCCAUUACAUUGUCCUCCUGAAGGUCUUUCUCCCACAUUGGUAUUUAGGGGACCACUGUUUCAGGACCUGAGCUGGAGGCUGUAGAGGCAAUUGUAGUUAAAUCAAUUCCAAGCCUGGGCAGGUUGGCACCUCUUUGCCUCUGUGAUGGAAAAGAGAUACAGGUGAUACUACAGCACCUUGCCCCAGGGUUAAAAGCUUCCCUACCACAUGCUCUGUGCCCUUUCCUGGCAAUCUCAUCAGAGCAACUGAGAAAAGAAAGGGGCUAAAACAAACCCUCACUCUUCUUGUCAGGUUGGAGAUGUCAUGUGGGGAAAGAAAUUCCAGUGGUAGCAUUUUCUAAUACCAUUUGCACUGGUCUCACACUUUCACUCAUCCUUCUGGGAUUGUUGCAGUCCUGGGGGAUGCAGGUGAGGCUGACUCAGCACUUUGGGAAACCUUCUUCCACAUGUUGUGAUGCUCCUGUAAACAGCAGUGACAAGAAUUGUCUCUUGAGUCUCAGGACAGGACAAGAAGAAGAAACUGUAUUUCUCCACUGCCCAUUAUUUGUAAUGAAAUCUUCUGACUUAUGUAGCUUCUGCAGUCUUGUAAUUAGCCACAGUCUCUGCCUAACACCUGGGACUACGAGAGCUCUCCCAUAGGAGAUAUGCAUCAUUAUACAGUCUAAGUCCGGUACACUCAGCCCAGGAUGACAAAGGCACAGGGAUCCAGGCUAGAUAUUUAAAAUGAAUUUGAGAGAAUUGCAGGACAUUUUCUCUCUUGCCCUGUUUACUUACCCUUCCUGCUUUGCUAAGGAAGCUGUAUAGACUGGAAUGAGUUUCAGGCACUCUCUGCCCUGGAUCCUACCUAUCACUGUCAUUGAGGCAAGGGGUGUCAAAACAAGGUUUCACUGAGGCAAAGCAGUUUUGUAUUUUUCCCAGGGAGAUGUGUUAAUGGGAUCGUGGGAACUAAAGGACGCUGAGGGUUUCUUUUCCUCCCUUAGCAGGUCAAGCAUAUGGAAUCACUCAGAGUUAGGAUUUCAGGCAGUAGAGAGGAAACAGCAUGGUAGAGGUGAUGCUCAGGACCAAAUCCCUCUCUCUCUUCCUCAACAGGCUGCAAACACAGAUAUGGUCUAUUUAGAGUGUAUAGUGGCCUUGUGUCUCCCUGAAGAGAAGCAAGCCUCUCUAACACUGAAUGUCUCCAGAAACAAGCUUCCUUCUUUCUCCUUUUCUAUUUGGUGUUUGGAUGCCAGUGGUAGGUCUCAUGUAUUACCCAUGAGCAGCCAGACGGUGCCUGAUGUACUUUGGAGAGGAGGGCAGGGGGACCACAGGGUGUAUUUAACAAGCUGCUUGGUGCUAAACGAGAUGGCAAUCCCUUGGUGCUAAUCAGAUUUCAGGAGUAUUGGGUGCUUUCUGGAAGGUGUAUUCUGAGUUGUAAUGUACUGUGGAAUUAAUGGUGCUUUAUUGUACAAAACCAAACCCUGAGAACUUUUGUAUAUAUAUAUUUUUUUUCAGUGAUAUUAAA